AUGGAUAAAUCUCAGAAUAAAAUGACAGGAGGAAUUCGUUUCCGAGCUUUUAAAGCUCUUCAAGACAAACUAAAAUUUAGUUAUUCCAUAGCUAAGCCAGUAGAUGAUUUCUUUGGAAAAUUAAGCAAAAAUGGAACAUGGACAGAAAUGUUUGGAAAAAUUACAAGACAGGAAGUGGACAUGGGAAUCAUUUCAAACUUUAUUAAUUUCGAUUUGUAUUCAAUCAUGAAGUUUUCUGCAGUGGUAGGAUAUCAGUCUGGAGUGUUCAUUGUGAAGAAACCUGAAAAAAUCCUUAAUUGGAGUUCCGUUAUCGCUCCAUUUUCCUAUAUGAUAUGGAUCGCUAUGUUUAUAACCGUCAUUGUGUUUGGACUAGUGUUACACAAAGUGUUAGAACGAGACUUUGCAUUACAAGAUAUAGAAGUAUUUUGGCCAAGAAGUAAGGUUUUCUGGAAUUUGUUCCGAAGUUUCGUAUAUCAAGGAUCUAGUUAUAGCGGGACUUUAAUGUAG